AAAAAGAAACAUUGAAGCAGUUAUUGCUUCCAAAUUGCCGAUGGAAUACAAAAAGGAAUCUGUAUAAAGGAAGGAAAAUAAUAGAUCGUUUUCCUUUAGGCAAGUUUUUUCUUUAAAGUAUUUACUCAAAAUAGAAUACACUAAGUAAAAAGAUCUAUUUAAUGAACACAGUUUGCUAACGGCGGUUUUUCUUACAUGCUCCCAUUUUGCCAAGGAUUUGCUGCAAUAGGCAUAUCUAAAUAAGAUUGUCGUUGUUUUUUCUGUUACAAAAUUGAAAACUUCUAGACUUUACGUGUUUCUUCAUAAGAACUUUUAGGGAAUCAUUUAUUGAUCAUGGGUUGUAAAUGAUCCAAGUGCCUCUUUGCUUCUGCGUAGUCAUAUUGUUAUGUCUGGACAAAUUCAGUAAUGACCUAAAAAGAGGGUUCACAUGCUGAAGAUCAAGCCACUAUCCAAGGGACUUCAGCCGUAGUGACUGGAACCAAGUUCCACGGAGUCAGAAUGGUUCCUGCGACGGCUGUGUUUGUGAACAUUACAAAUCACAUAACACGCGAAGAACCCAACACUGUUGAUGGAUUGGAAACAAUAGGGAUGGAUACCACCACUUUGUCAGGAAAUGCCUCAAAUAAUGUGACAGAAAUACCAUAUUUUAUAGUACCUGGAUAUGUAACGGGUAUAUUGAUUGUCUUGUACUCGGCCAUCACUGUAUUGGCAAUAGGUGGGAACUCUCUAGUAUGCUAUGUCGUAUUGGCGUAUCAAAGGAUGCGAACUGUCACAAACUAUUUUAUCGUCAACCUGGCAGUGAGUGACAUUUUGAUGGCAGUUUUGUGUAUUCCGUUGACUUUUGUCGCAAAUAUCUUACUGAACUACUGGCCAUUUGGCGCAUUGCUCUGUCCUAUUGUCUUAUACGUACAGGCUGUGUCAGUAUUUCUGAGCGCCUUUACUUUAGUGGCGAUAAGCGUAGACAGAUAUGUUGCCAUUAUUUAUCCUCUUCGGAAGCGUAUGACAAGCAAAAUGGCCGUCAUCGUCAUUGCAAAUAUCUGGUUUCUGUCCCUGGUUGUCCCUUUACCAACAGCAAUAUUGUCAAAAGUAGAUGAAGAUAACAAAUGCUACGAACAUUGGCAUGACUGGACACAGAGGUUCCAGUAUACGGCAGCAAUCAUGGUCUUACAAUACGUUCUGCCUCUCUGCGUCUUAAGUUUUACCUAUCUAAGAAUUGGUGUUGUAAUUUGGGUGCAAAAGAUUCCUGGGGAGGCCCUCAAUAACAGGGAUCAAAGAAUGGCAGCUUCGAAGAGAAAGAUGGUGAAAAUGAUGAUAACGGUUGUCUCCCUGUACGCCAUAUGCUGGCUCCCUCUCCACGCUAUAACCUUGAUCGGCGAUCGUCAUCCAGGUAUCUAUUUUUAUAAAUACAUUAAUCUCAUCUGGAUUUCCAUACACUGGCUGGCAAUGAGCAACUCCUGCAUCAACCCGAUCGUGUAUUGCUGGAUGAAUUCAAAGUUUCGUAAUGGAUUUCGUUUUGCGUUGCGGUGGUGUCCGUGUUUUAGAAUUGAUCUGCGAAGGGCAAUGUCGGAUCGACUAAAGAGUGCCCAAAAUGGAGGUUCAAGACGCACAAGUGUAAGAAACUCUGUGGCUUUAACGCUGUCGAAUUUCUCAAGUUACAGGAAGCAUUCAGAGGAUUCUCCCGUGCAUUUGGCCAAUGGAGAUAGGCGGCAAGCUAACAGAGAAGAACGUAAAUUAGGAUGUUUAAAAGAGUAUAUGACGCGUCGGCCCAGUCUUGAGAGUCCAGGACGCAGUUGUAGUAUUGCUGACAGUGACAGUCGAUAAUGUUAUAUGAUAAUGUUAUAUAUGAGUUAAAUUGUUAGAUGAACAAGACAUUAUUGAAAUAUUAUAAUGCUUUAUAUUAUUAGUAUAUCACGUAAGUUGACAACCACUGACUGUUGUGGAUAUCCCUAUAUGCCCUUUGUAAUUUUCAAUGUUUAUAGACAUUUAGCCUACAGUUAGAAGCAAAAUAUGCUUAUUUUAUUUAUUAACUAACAUAGUCUGUUCGAUUAUGCGUUGAUGUGUACAUUUG